AUGGGAUUCACUCACAGGGAGUCAGGUACUAUGCUCGGUGCUCCUAAGCAAUUUUUGAGCGUGACAAAGUGGAUUCACCUGAACUGGGGUGAUGAUGGAUUGAUUUCUUUAUUUACAAAGAUUUGGAGGCUUCUUCAUCCGGGUGGCGUUUUUGUGUUGGAACCUCAACCUUGGGAAUCAUAUGAAAAGAACCGUAGAGUCUCCGAGACAACAGCAAGUAAUUAUCGCAGUAUAAUGUUCCGACCAGAGAGUUUUCAGGAAAUUCUUCUGGAUAAGAUUGGAUUCAGAAUGGUAGAAGAUGUCACAUCAGGGUUGUCGGACACCAGAACUGGUUUCGAUAGACCAAUUUUUGCAUUCUACAAAUGACUUAAAAGGACAAAGACAAUGAGGCAGUUGCCACUGAAGUUCUGUAACUUUUUUGUAAUAUUGUGUAAUAACCACAAGUUUAAAGAACAAUUUUGAAUUUUGCUUUCAUUGAAAUCUAAUGCAUAUCUUACUUUAACUUUGAUUAGUGUUAA